UUUGAAAACAUCACUUUUGGCUGCUACGGUCUCAAGAUCAAGUGGCCAAGACGUUCUCAAGUGUCAGUUUCAUAUUUAUGCCUUAGUUCAGCCUUUUAUUGAGAUUUGAUAUUCCACAAGUUAUUUGUCACGUCUUUCCAAGUCCCCAAAAUAAAUUUCUUGGUCUCUGGCAAAGGGAGGGUCGAGUCAAGUGCUCAGUCUCAGUUUUGGUUGUGACAACCUGUCAUGUCAUCAGGCAUGCUGCUCCUGUUGCUGUUACUCUCUCAUGCAGACUGCUACUCCCCCCCACCAGCUCUGUGACUUUUCACUCUGAAUGGACUUUACAGUUGGAUGCCAGUCAUUUGGGAGUUGGUCUCUACAGAUACAAAUGCAUGGAGUAAAAGCUUUGGACAAAGUCUGAUAAAUACUUUCGUGAUGUAUUUGGAAAACUCUGAGCAAAACAAAGGCACUAGAGAAGGGGAACCAUCCACUGAAGCCAUGUUUGCUGAGCAGUGCCAGGUCCCCAGAUUAACAGAAGCUGCAGAUCUCACUGGCCCAUCAAAGGGAAGUGCUGAACUAGGAGUAAAGGUUCUCCUUCAGGAAUAUACUGAGCAGGCUGUCAGCGAAGAAAUGGACCCAUCUAUUCCUUGUUUGGAACAAUGCAACCUGAACUCGGAUGAGCUUGAAUCCUGCACAUACUUUAAUGGACACGCUGACAGCUUUGAGCAAUAUUCAGAGAGCAAUGGAUUUUUUGAAUCCGACCAGAUCCUCGAUAAGUGCGAGACUUCAGAGUUAAGCCAACCGUGUGAUGAAUGUACUCAACACUGUGAGUGUUUUAAGUCCUCUGAACACUGUGGUAAUCAUAGCUCAGCUUCUGAAUGUAGUGCUUGCUGUGAACAGUGCGCAGAACACCUCCAAUUAUUUCAGAAAUGUAAGCCCUCCGAUCAGCAGUUGGAGAUUUCUGACCUUGACGCUGAUGAAUUGGAAGUGAACUGUGGCAGUUUGGGCCUUUGUGGAAGGUGCGAUUUCAACCUUGAAUGCACAGACCACCCCGAGGCUCUACAACAAUAUGAGCCGUCACAACAGCAGAGUGACGGCUUUGACUCCGAGUCAGACACAUCAACAGAGAACUUUCAGCAAUGUGAAACCAUGGACUCACUCAACUGUAAUCCUGAAGUCUGUGAGUACGACGAAAUAUCAGAUGAAACUGAAUUUACAAAUGAUGAAGAUUAUGAAGAAGCAGAGGAAGAAGAUUAUUAUGAUGAUGAUGAUGGCGAUUUUGAAGAUGAUUUGAGCUAUAAAGCCAAACAAAAUGAAACAGAGUUCAGUGAUGAAGAAUCUCACAGUUCCUCAGAAGACACACCUGUACAAGUUUACUUUGAUGACACUGAAAAUGUUGCCUUUGCAACUGAUCUCUGGGAGACGCACGAGUACACCAAAGAAGACUUUCAACAAGCUCUUACGACAGAGGUGUCCACGGAAUCUGGUGAGCCGUGUGGAAAUGAUGACUACGAAGUAAGCCAAGAACCGUAUAAAUCCGAGUCCAGCGGUGAAGAAGAUGGUUCCUCAGAUUGCUCCUCUGUGGAAACCAAAUCCUUUAAGACUUGUCCUGAGGGCAGUAUUCCAUCUGAUCCCUUCUCCGAUUCAUCUGAGGAAUCUGACAAAGGACCUCAGGAAGAUUCCAGCGAUGAGCAGACAGAGUGGGAAUCUUUUGAAGAUGAGGAAGUACAGCAAAGUGAUGAGAAUAAAUCGAAAACUGUUGAUGUCACUGUUGAGGAUUACUUUGAUUUGUUUGACAAAGUGGACUAUUAUGGACACAUAUUUACACAAAAGCAGCGCUACAUCUCUUGCUUCGAUGGCGGAGAUAUCCAUGACCACCUGUAUCUGGAAGAAGAGGCAAAGAAACAUAAAGCCAAAACUUUAUAUCAGUUUGAAGAUAUUAACAGGGAAGCUAAUGUAAAAGACACAGACACUUGUUCUGACGAUGCAUCUGAAGAUACUUAUGAGGAAGUGGAUGUGGACCAGAGUGAUGGGUCUUGUAAUUUAGAGACUCAAUCUGAGGAUUGGCUCAUCGCAAAAUCAGAAUCAAGUUUUGAAGAGGAUGACGAAAGCAAAACAGAGAACGGUGUCGUUUAUGCAGAAAAUGAUGAGACAGCCGAGGAUGAUAAAGCCCCUAUUGAUGAAGAAGCGUGUGCCUCUGAUGACCACGUUUCUGAAGAAGCUGAAGUUCGCCCAUCCACUGGUCCCGAGGGGAGCAUGUUUGCACCAUUAGCCAAGGAAAUUUCUGUUGAAGGUGAUGCUUAUGAAGAUAUUUUGUGCAGUUCUCACUAUUGUGAACCCAAACCUUCUGCAAUUGAUGAGACUGCGAGCAUCACUGAUUACACAGAGGAUGACAAAGCCAAGCCUGAGCCUGAAGACGACGUAUUUAUUACAUGUUCUGAAAAGGAACCGUACUGGUCACUUAUAGAUAAUGAUGAAAAUAGACAGCUUUGUGAGCCAGGUGUUGAGGAAUACUAUGUCUAUCAGAUUAAAAGCAUUCAGUCAUCUUUUAAACAAGCCCUGAAUGGAUUUAUUUUAGAAAGAAACUCGCAUGAUCAAAUAACUAAUGAUGAGAAUGCUUCUAGGAGUCAGAGUCAAGAUGCUCUAAUAUCUCUGAAAGAGCUGGCGGCCACUGGGUUGUGCCCAGAGGAGUGCGUGUCCGACACAUUUGGAAUUAAUGAAGUUAUUGACAUGAACAGCUCAGCUGUUGAAGAGGAGUGUGUGUUAAAUGAGAUUUCAAAAGAAACUGGACCCCCUGUAGGAAUUAUUCACAGUGUUCAGGAAAGGGACAUGGUGCUUAUGAAGACUGAAGAUAACAAUGAUUCUGAACAAAGCAGAGAGUCAGACGAGGAUCAGAGUGACGAUGAGUCCUAUGAGACUUGUGAAUGUGAUUACUGCAUCACACCAACUGAGGAGCUGCCCGGAGAACCACUGCUCCCACAGAUGGAAUCAAAUGAUGAAGGAAAAAUCUGUGUGGUCAUUGAUUUGGACGAAACACUAGUGCAUAGUUCAUUUAAGCCAGUGAACAAUGCAGAUUUUAUCAUUCCAGUGGAAAUUGAUGGAACAGUUCACCAGGUGUACGUGUUAAAGAGACCCCACGUUGAUGAAUUCCUAAAGAGGAUGGGAGAAAUGUUUGAGUGUGUUCUGUUCACUGCAAGCUUGUCAAAGUAUGCGGAUCCUGUGUCAGACCUGUUGGAUAAAUGGGGGGCCUUUCGGAGCCGUCUUUUCCGGGAAGCUUGCGUCUUCCACAAAGGAAACUACGUAAAAGACCUGAGCCGUUUAGGAAGAGACCUCAACAAGGUUAUCAUCUUGGACAACUCCCCAGCCUCCUACAUCUUCCACCCCGAAAAUGCAGUUCCUGUAGCAUCCUGGUUUAAUGACAUGUCAGACACUGAGCUCCUCGAUCUUAUCCCGUUCUUUGAGAGACUAAGCAAGGUGGACGACAUCUAUGACAUUCUCAAACAUCAGAGUACUUCACAGAGUUAACAGAGGCGGGAUAAUAGGAUGAAGAUGAGCACCAGCGGCUGUCAUCCGGGGGCCACGGAGGCCGGUGGGCAGAAGGCUCCACAGUGCUUCCCAAUACAAGGACCACACUGCAAUAAAGGGCUGUCAUUUAAUCUAAGAUUCUCACAGCAGUACUGCAUUCAAAGUGACAGCAGCCUUCCAGCUGGGUUGAGUGCUGCUGUGCAGGAAGUUGACCUGAACGCUGUGACAGAUCUGUUUUUCUUUUUUGUGAUGUCCAAGAUGGUUCAUAUGUGAUUAAAUGACUUCUGGAGAUAUCUUUUGCAGUGCAGCUAGCGUGUUGUUGUUGUCGUUUUGUGACAGCACUGACCUUUGUAAGUUUGCUGUAAAGCUAGAUUGUGCGAGCAGUUGUUCAGCGUGAUAUUACAAAUUCACCAUUAUCAGUCAUUUUAAUGUCAGUGAAGCAAAAGCAUUUGAAGUUUUCACACAGCAAAUAACACAUCACCGAAGACUGUAGCUCAAAUCCUGCUGAGCUAAUAUAUAUACAAAAAAAGUUCAUCUUGUAUUGCUUAUUUUGAUGUUUUCUAAAUAUUGUAUAUUUUACUGUAUGUCUCUGAAAAGCUUUGAAUAGAAUAUACCAUUUAAUGUAGCACUUGCUUUUACAUGUAAAAGAUGUUUUUCUUUCUUCAUCUUUUUUUUGCAAUAGAAAAAAAUAUCCAUUAGUCUGCUGUUAGUGAAUAUACACUGCUCAAGAAAAUUAAUGGACUACUCAUCACAGUCCGUCUGAUAAGGAAGCAGAAACCAAUGAAUCCAUUGCACCUACUUAAGUCAAAGCUAUGACAGCUACACUGGAGAGAUGACAACAAGACAACCGACAAAAAGUGAGUGUUUUUCUUUAGUUUUGCUUUUUGUUACGGUUCUUGUCAUUCCUGGUAGCAUGAGAGCAGCUCAUUCAGGUUGCACAGGUAGUCCAGCUUCUCCAGGAUGCUCCAGCAUCCGUACAUGCUAAUACAAGAAUCUUUGCUGUGUCUGCUAACACAGUCUCAGGAGUGUGGAGGCGAUAUCAAGAGAUGGUUCUUUACACAAGGAGAGCUGGAUUAUGCUGAUUAUGCGACUUAGCAAAAGGGCCGGUAUUGUCUUCUUCUGCAAGAAGGAACAGGAGGAGCAUUGCCAAAAUGGCCUCUAAACUUGGGAGGUCUACCACUGGCACCGCGUUCUCUUCACAGAUGACAGCAGUUGACACUGAGCACGUCUGUAAGAUGUGAUAGAGUCUGAUACUGUGGUGAGCAUUAGCCAGGACGGCUGGUGUGGCAGCGGUUUAGUGAUGAUCUAGGGAGGCGUUUCCUUGGAGGGUCACACAGAUCUCCAUGUGCUCUUGAACCGUACCUUGAUCAUUGUUAAGGAUAAAGUUCUCAGAGCCACUCUCAGAUGUUAUGUAGGUGCAGUGAAAGGCAAUGGUCGGCUGCAUGUAGUCUGUGCGUAAUUCCAGAAUGACAAGACACUGAAGCCAUGGAGUGGACCUUAUAUUCACCAGAAGAUGACUCCAGCUGAGAAAUUGUCAUACAUCUGAUGCUGUGACCUGUCGCCCAGACUCUUCAGGAACUCAUAGAUGACGUUAUCCAAAUCUAGGAAGAGAUCAUCCAGCAUACUGUACACCAUCUCACCAGGAGCAUAAGUUGGAUCGCCUGUGAUCUCCAUUUUAAGGAGUAACGUCCUCAGUCUGUCGGGCAGGUGGGCACUGGAGAGCAUAGACACCUAAUUUUGUAAACACAAUAACUCAAGAAUUCUUCUUCGUUCAUUAGAAAGUCACCUAGGAUUUUCAUCUGCUAGGAGGCUGCAGGGUAGCACCAAUAUUUUUUUAUUAACUAACAUUAUUUAAAGGUCUCAUAGUGCUGAUGAUUCUGGUUUCACGUGACUCACCUGAUUUUAAAAUAACAUUUUAUCAAAUGCAAAGUAAGUGUUCCCCUAAUUUCUUUGAGCAGUGUAGUUUUUAUUCCGUUACUAAAUCCUAGCAUUGGUGGAAUAUGUGAAAAUCAUUUUAGAAGAUGUUUUAGACUGUAUAUAACAGAUGGGUGCAGCUUUAGGGUCUAAAAGUGAAGCAGGAAUUCCUCAAACUUGCAUUUUUUGUUUCUCUCUCGAAACAUGGGACUUUACAAACCAAUGGGUGAUGUCAUGAGAGCUACAUCCAUCUUUUAUAUACAGUUUAUGGUUAUGCAGUUCCAGGCACGAACACCAGGUUCUUUUAUUUUUGCAAUUUCAACCUGUAA